UUGCUAGACGUCCGACCGAUCCCUUCCUUUACCCACCAUACUCCGCCAUGGGUAUUUCACGUGAUCACUGGCAUAAAAGGCGUGCCACUGGAGGCAAGGGGGUUCAGCCCCGCAAGAAGAGGAAGUUCGAGCUUGGUCGCCCUGCUGCCAACACUAAGCUUGGCGGCAGCAGGAUUCACCAAGUGAGGACUCGUGGUGGCAAUGUCAAGUACCGUGCUCUGCGCAUGGAUGUUGGCAACUUUUCUUGGGGAUCAGAAGGCCAGACCCGCAAGACUCGUAUCGUUGAUGUAGUGUACAAUGCUAGCAACAACGAGCUGGUGCGUACCAAGACCUUGGUGAAGAAUGCUAUUGUGAUUAUUGACGCUGCACCUUUCAGACAGUGGUUUGAAGCUCACUAUGCUCUCCCUCUGGGCCGUAAGAAGUCCAAGAAGCUGUCCGAGGCUGAGGAAGCUGUUCUGAACAAGAAGAGGUCUACAAAGACCCAGAAGAAGUACAAGGCACGCCAAAAGACUGCCAAAGUUGAGUCUGCUCUUGAGGAACAGUUCUUCAGUGGUCGUCUUCUUGCCUGCAUCGCCUCUCGUCCCGGUCAGUGUGGACGCUGUGACGGAUAUAUCUUGGAAGGAAAAGAGCUCGAGUUCUACCUUAGGAAGCUCAAGAGCAAGAAGAAGCAAUAGACAAAUAAAUGAUGACUAAAUGAGA